AGCAUCAGAAGGGUGCUGACUCGAACUCCUGCGAAUUAUUCAAUCUAUUCGCUCCCGAUUGCCCAUCUGCAUCAGCUUUAUGACCGCUUUAACGCCCUACAAGUGUUCCAUAUUGCGCGUUUUGCGUUUCAUAAGGCGAAGGCGCGUCAACGUGCCAAAUAAAGAAAACAGACAAUGUACAUGCGACACACUGAAUAAGCAAUUUUAUUUCAUGGGGUGUGAAGAAUCAAAUCAUUCUGAUUGAGGCGUGACUGGGAUCUUAUCGGGUGAGAGCUUUUAUACCGAGCUUUAUCCGUAAAUUGCGACGCGCACAUGUGGAUGUAUUCGAAAUCACACGCUCGCGAAUCUGCAAGGCUUAAAAGCGCCGAUGACUCGUAGUGCUUUCCAUUUUCCCGCAAAAAUCAGGCGACAUUCCGACACCUGCAUUUACGCCUAUUUUUGCCCAAACUACGUCCGUAAUAACGCAAUUACAAAGACAUUGUUACCUACUUAACUCGAGAGCAAUUCCAUUACCCGUAAUCUGUUAGUCCACAAAUCUCGCUUGGUAAUGCAGAUUAAGUCAGCUAGUUGGUCAAUUAGACGAAAUGGUAAUUUAUACGCCAUUGUCUUCAGUAAUAUAGAAUGUUAAGGUGGCUCUAGUUGUAAUAAUUUUUCAACAACAUUCUGUAUCUUAGUAUUCGUGGCAAGUGGGCCGAAAUUGGAUUCCGACUUUCCAAAUUAAUAAAGUGAAUUUUGCAGAUUACAUUUUUCCGGAAACUGAGGCAGAUAAACGGCCGAACAAAUUGGGUUAGACCAGGAGCUAAUUGCGGAGCUUAUCGCGCACUCUACUAACUCUAACUCAAUCCGAAGGCAAUUGGCUGCCAGCAGAGCAUCAUUUCAUUAUUUUCAAUGCGAUAACCGAUUCUGAUUCCCAUUCUUGGCAGGCGAAAUGUGUUUGUACGUGUUAUUUGUUUUUAUCAUUAUGUUAUUAUUGCAGCUCGUUCGCUUACAUACAAAUUAUGCCUUGUGCAUUAUUAUUUGUUGACGCAAAGUCUAGCAGCAAUUUACUUAAGAUUCGGCUCAGAACAGCACACUGUAUUGAGAACCUUUGUGGAAUUACACUGCGACUGGAAGUUUUGUUUAGAAAUUUGCGCAUAAAUUCGCCGUACAUACAAUUUAAGUCCCUUUAUCUCUGAAUAGAGAAAACGGCAGUAAUUAAAUUACGAACAUGUAAGUCUUUAUGAUAAUUGAAUGCAUCGCAUCUUGAACAAUGGAUCAGAAUUGCCGUAACUAUUUUUGUGUAAUAAAUCGCAUAUUUUGCUAAUCAUUCAAUGGGCGUGUUAGUUGAACAAAGGCAAAUAAGUCCGCUCCACGGGGAGCGGAGUCCCGUGUGGUGCAACCCUACAACUUCAAAGGGCCGGUCGAAUGUAAAUUUCAAUUAGUAGGAAAUAAUGAUUCGGCGAUUGUUUGUUGGCGUGCUGGAGGGAGCCGUCUUGAAGUGACCGCAGAAUGAUGGAGGUGUUUACGGGCGUUCGUCAACGAAAGGCCAUGAUUAGUAAGCGGUCCGCUCUAAUGAAUGCCCUGUGAGGCUUCGGGAAACUUCCUGCUCCUGCCGGGACCACCGUCCGCUCCAGAUCCCCGAACAAUUUCAUAAUUACGUUGUAUUAAUAUCUUAAGAUGUCGCUAAGGAUACGCUAAUCCCCGGUUAAGAGCGCGCCCUCGCGAGGAGUUACAACGUUCAAGAGGAUCUCCGUUUAAUUAUGCAAUAAGUAUGAGAUACUUAACAAGGCAAUUAAUCUUCCUCGGCGCAAUUUUUCAUCCGAGACGCUACAAGAGAGGCUUGAACGUCUCUUGUUCGUCAUAAACGAAAUUCCUAAUCGAUGCUAAUUUCAGAUUUUUUCCCUUUUUUCCGGUGAGCCUUCGGGCUCCGUUCGUCUGGCGAACUUUUGUUUUUAAAUCGAUAACACUGUCGUGUAGUGCUUAAAUUUGUAGAACAGAGAACACAACAUAUUAAUCAAAUAAUCGAUGAAUCUAAUUUACCGCUCAGGCAACUACAAAUUGACAAAACAAUCACACGUCUGCCUUUGUCCCGAAUGUCCAGCCAUGGUCAUUUCGCCAAAGGGUUGGUAAAUAUUCGUUACGUCCGUAACACAAUUUAUUCACGCUUUAUUCACUUGUUUUCAAACAUGCAUGUUCGACAGCGUCUAAACUUGAUUUGCACAAAACAAACACUGCUUUUAGCUAUCGAUAAACAUUUGGCGAACGGAAUUUCCACUUUUUAUUGCUGCUUUAUUUUGUUUUGAGUAUUUUUAUUACGACUACUCCUCUCCAGCAAACUCAUUUAUUCGCCGGAUAAAUACCAACAGAAUGUCUAACAAACCUUUUUGUCAAUCUAAGAAGGUUCUAUAACUCAAAACAUCGGAAAACUGUAUCUAUUUUGUACCAAGACCGGUAAAAAAUGGCAAAAUUUUCAAUUUACAACGGUCGUGCUCCCGAAACGUCGGCAUUUGUCGGAUCUUUAUUUGUUUGUAAGCAGUCACGUUGCGCAGCCUGAGCAGGGAAAAUAAUCUUUUAUUUCUGAUUUAAUCAGCCGCUUGGCUGAUCGUAGACGGCUUCAUAAAUAAAAUAAGAUUGAGUAGAAGACAGAAGUGGACACGAAUCAACCAUUAAUUCCAAAAUUAAUAUCGCAUCGUUGACAAAUCUGUUCCGAUGAUAAAAUCGUCGGUGCGGAACCAACUAUUGUAGCGUCCUUGUAGACCGCGUCUCCCUUAUAAUUGGCUAAUUAAUUUUCCUAAAUGAACCCCCGUGACCGGUAGUUUCAGACAAAGGACGAUCCCGUGGCUUUUUUGUCGUAACCAUAAAUCGACGCUUCCCAACCGCACCACACAGAGACUGUCAAAGUCAAUGGUGCUAGAUUUUGAUCGGUGAAAAAUAUUUUUAUGAGCGAUUGCCGAGCGAGGUGCGGGAGAUUUAGGAGGACAUUGAACGUCUGUAAUUAAAUUAUAUAGACACUUUCGUGAAAAUAUGUAGAUUGCGGAAUUAACAUUCCGCUCGCAAUAGUUUUGUCCUGUUUGUUGCUUUAAAUUCAGUCGGUUGAAUAUUCGAUACUUAAGGGCGGCCGACAUUAAUGACCAUUUAGUUAAAAUACAAAUCUAUAAAAUCAUUACCCUUUUUUUAUGCAAGGGCACUUUCCUGAGUGUUUGUCUUUCGGGUUUGAAUUUUCGCUUUCACGUUUCGCCGAAGCAAGUAGAUUAGUGGACCGAUUUCGAUUAAAGGCGCGACUAUCCUUUGGCAUCUUUAUCUUUUCGAUACUCUAAGUCCGUAUAAUCGGCAAUUUUCAAUGCUCGCCUCCUCAACUCCAUAAGUUGGUGCAAAUCCCGCCUUCGGCGACAUCUAGACGUCGUUAGUUUGCAUGAGAUCAGCCCGUUACAAUCUAUAUGCUCGAAGCUUUUCCAAUUUUAAAAAUAAUCCCGAAACUGGUGACCCCGCUACUAAGGCUUAUCGCCGGAAUAUGUUUCCCAUUUCUGGGACAUUGACAAUAAGUCAAGCUUAUUACGAUGCAUAAAUCGCUAAAGGUCCAUUUAAGACGGAACCAAUAACAUUCUUAAGACGGAUGUUCUUCCCUAUUACCCUCAGAUAACGGCAACAAGCCACUAAACAUGAUAUAGUGAGGAGGAAGACUUAACAUAUCGCGACCAGGAUAUUAAGUUACCUACUACAUAAGAUCAGAUGGCGGAUCGGUUCGGGAAUUUAUGGGAAUUGUGUGAAGAUUAUUUCGUGUUUACUGGCCAUUUUCCAAGCGGAAAAAAUUUAAUCCGCCCACUAUUUACAGUAAUGACCCAUAUAAAUCUUUAAAAAUUUACUCGAUCAAUACGAGAAAAGAACAAACAAAUAUUACAAUGAUUAAUCAUCUCCUCGCCAUGACUUGGCGGUAUUUACCUUCCCACUCACAGAUACAGCUAAUACAAGCGAGGGAAUCGGGGAAUCACCUUUCUGAUGGCAGAAGAGUUAUUUACACCCAGAUAUUAUUGUCUCAACUCCCAUAAAAGCGCAGCUAAUACUAAUAGCGUUCAUAACGUCUUUAGUCGUCAUAAAGUCAGUCUCAGACUUGUUAUUAUUAGCAAAUCUUCAUCUUAAGCCAUCAAAAUGAAAUUAUCGGUAAUUUUCUUCUUUGCUUUAUUGUUAUUAAACAUUUUUGUGGGCCGAAGUGAAGCUAGAUGGAAGGGAUUUAAAAAAAAGGAGAAAGCAGGAAGGCGAGUUUUUGAACAUUCGAAAGAAGCAUUACCAGUCGUUCAGGGUUAUGCAGCAGUAGCUACCGCGCUUGGAAAGAAGUAGGAUUAUUGUCACAUGCAUUAUUAUUUAUUCAUAACUAUUGUAUUAAAAAUAAAACAAUAAAGACCCAAUUUUUU